UUACGUGUAUCACUAAUGAAAACAUUCUAAAAAACCACGCAAUUCUGAUCAUUCAUGGCAUGCGAUGAAUGAAAUUGGUUAAUUUUCAUUCGUGAUCAAAAAUACUUGAUACCUACUCGUACGAUGAUUGUGUUCCCAAAGAUAAUUCUCUGCGCGUUAUUCAUUAUAAAAGCAACCAGUUCUUAUGGAGAACGGACCGGAAAAACAGAAAGUAAAUGCAAAGAAUACGUGAAGUACGCUUGUGAUAAUCCGGCCGCUUCAGCUACAAGUAAAACAUCUAAACUUGACGGCAUAAUAAAUGGAGUAACAACGUCUUUGGAGAUGCUUCCUCACAUGGCAUACAUAGCACUGUUCAAAAAGGGGGAUCGCACAUCAUCCAUUCCAGUAAGUGUGUGUAGCGGCUCACUGAUAAGUGACAAUUUCAUAUUGAGCGCUGGUCAUUGUUCACAUGAUGUAGUUCGUGACGAUCAAGGCAUAUUUGGAAAAGUUAAAUUGGGAAGUGCGUCUAAAUCAUUCCAGGAACCCACUGGUGAACAGUACGGAGUUAUUGAGAUGUACGUACAUCCCAACUAUUCGCCAACUGAUCAAGAGAACAGAAAUGAUGUACUUCUCUUGAAACUCCACCGGAAAGUAAAAUUCUCGCCUUUUACAAGGCCAAUAUGUUUAAACACGAAGUUCCCCAACAAUCGAAAGAAAGCAAUCGUAUCAGGGUGGGGUGACGAUGAAAAUGGAAAUUCUGCUGAAUAUCUCAAGAGUGUCUUGGUAUACAUUGACGAUGAAAUAGUGAAGUGGAAAUGUAACUUUGCUUUAAAGAAUCGCGAUUUCAAUAGCACGACUGAAGUAUGCGCUGGACACCCUUUAGACAUGACAGGCUUUAGCUCAAAUUUAAUUUCACAUAGGGCGAUUCUGGAGGACCACUGCAGAUCUCUUUGAAAACCGGAUGUUCAAAUAAAUAUACUUAUGAACAAAUAAGUAUUUCUGCAAGAACUAUUAAGCAGGAGAAUGGUCCUAUGAUGAUGAAUAUUUACACUAAUGUUGAACUAUAUAUUCCGUGGAUUGAAAGCAUUGUUUGGCCAGAUAAAUAAUGUACCUAAUUAAUACUUAAAACUAAAAAAUUAUGGAAGCACGCGAAAAAAUAUACUUAUUUCUAUAUGCACAUAA